AUGCCUUCCAACGACUUCGUUCGAACUGUAUCUCGAAGCUUCCGAGUCCUUGUGAUUGGUGGCUCGUACGGAGGUCUAGCUGCUGCAUUGGCUCUCAUUGAUCUUUCACAUGCUCGCGUUCCGCGAUUCACCUACGACCCUGAAGCUAAACCCCCCACAUAUCGCAUUCCAAUUCAGAUCACGGUAGUUGAUAAGCGGGAUGGUUACUUCCAUUUAAUCGGAUCCCCAAAGGCUUUAGCCUGUGAGAAAUUUGCUUCCAAGGCUUGGACUCGGUUCCAGGACAUUCCUGGCCUGAAAAGUCCGGAUCUCAGCUUCAUCCAAGGAAGCGUCAGCUCGGUCGAUUUCAAAGCGAAAGUUGCUCACAUCGUCGACUCGGAAACAAAGUCCAGCCGCACAGAGUCUUAUGACUACCUAAUAGCUGGUUCGGGAUUGCGACGAACCUUCCCCACAGUCCCCCAGUCCUUGCGGCGGGAAGAAUUCCUCAAAGAAGCCAGGGAGCACAUGUCAGAUGUGAAGAACGCCCGCGACGGUGUUGUAGUUGUUGGCGGAGGUGCCGUCGGUGUGGAGAUGGCUGCCGAAUUGAAGAUUCUCAAUCCUCAACAAAAGGUGACUCUAAUUCACUCCCGAAAGCGUCUGCUUUCGUCGGAGCCAUUACCCGAUGAUUUCGCCGACCGCGUUGGCUCCAUCUUGCGAGAGACAGGCGUGGAAGUUGUCCUUGGGCAACGCGUUAUUGAGACGAGGGCGGUAAAUACCGAAAAUGAGACACGAGUCUGGAACUUGACUCUCAGUGAUGGGCGACAAAUCACAACCGGACAUGUUCUGAAUGCCGUAUCGCAAACUAUUCCAACUUCGACAUAUUUAUCUCAGGAAGCUUUGAACAAGGAAGGAUACAUCAAGAUUCACCCCUCACUGCAAUUCUCCGGUGACAUUCCUAAUGCAGAACACCACUGGGCUGUAGGCGAUCUCACUGCUUGGGAGGGUAUCAAACGCUGCGGUGGUGCGAUGCAUAUGGGCCACUACGCCGCGAUGAAUAUCCAUGAGCACAUGCUGGCAGAGUGCACCGGUCAGAAGCCAAACUAUCAGAAUCUAUCACCGUUCCCAUCAGUGAUGGGUUUGGCUCUGGGCAAGAAGGCAGUUAGUUACACGCCUGACGAGGGCACUCGUGAGGGCGAGGAUCUGAUGAAGAGCCUGUUUGGUACAGAUAUGGGCCAUACCAUCUGCUGGAACUAUAUGCGCCUGGGUGAGGCAUGUUAG